AUGUCGCCGAAGGAGACACUACACAGCCCUGACGGCGGCAAAUGUCAUCAAUCCGUACUCGAGCACAUGUACGAAACGGGAGAAUGGUCCGACUUAACAGUUAGGUCUAGUGACAAUACGCUAUUCAAGGUCCACAAAAGCGUAGUUUGCGCUGCCUCGACCUUCUUCCGCGAGGCUUGCAUAUCCGCACCCGGCUUCCGCGAAACGCAUGCGACCAUUGUAGACCUUGCGGAGUGUGAUUGCAUCGUUAUGGCAAUCCUAAAGCAUUUCUACUCACUCUCAGCUACAUUCACGACCCCAGAUCUCUACCAGUGGGAUGAGGCAGUCACUAUCGACAACGGACAACACUUGAUUCGCCUGCGCAUAGCCAUCGAUAAGUACGGUAUCGACUCCAUGGCUGCCACUAUCGAGAAGACGCUGUCAACUUUCUUGUUCCGUGCAGCAGAGUUGCGCAAAGCAGACAUCGUCGUACGUAUCGGCUGCCGCCUUUUCGACGAACCAUGCGACCUUUUCAAACCUUCUCGCUUCGAUGCGCUACAAGCUACCGCGAAGCUGGUUCCACGUAUCCUGUGCAACGACAAAACGUUCGAAAUGUGGCACGGCAAUGCCAAGUACAUGCAGAGUACUCUCAAGGUGAGAGAGGUGAUGAGACUUGGGGAGCUCGAGUAG